AUCUGCGCUGGUAGGUGUGGGCGGGGACUCUUAUUCUGAAGUGUCUGUGGGCGCUGGACUGAUAGCGGAAGUUCGUGCCGCUAGUCGCUGCAGUUCAGGCGGAUCCCGUCCGUGUCUGAUCACAAACUUUCUGUCAAACCCGAAAAACACCCGGAAUCCGGUGACAUGGGGGAUAAGGAGUUGAUGUGGGCCCUGAAGAAUGGAGAUCUGGAUGAGGUGAAGGCUCUACUGGUGAAGGCUGAGGACGUGAACAGGACUCUGGAAGGAGGACGCAAGCCGCUUCAUUACGCUGCAGACUGCGGUCAGGCCGAGAUGCUGGAGUUUCUGCUGUCUAAAGGAGCCGAUGUGAACGCUCCAGAUAAACACGGCAUCACCCCGCUGCUGUCUGCGACUUACGAGGGUCACGUGACCUGCGUCAAGAUUCUUCUAGAAAAGGUAGUGAUGCAUUCACGUGUCCUCCCGCUCAGUGAGACGUGUGUGUGUGUGUGUGUGUGUGUGAGAGAUACAGGUGGGCGGCUGAGCAAAGUCUUAUAUCACAGUAUGAUGUAAUAGAUGACAGUAACA